AUGGACAAUCGGUUGCGACUUACAACUACAAUAGAGGGCAUUAGGUAUCUAGUAAAUCAAGCAUUGGCUUUUCGAGGUCACGAUGAAUCCGUUGACUCAUCUAACCGGAAAAAUUUCAUUGAAAUCUUAAAGUCUUUUGCAAGAAUGAAUAUAGAAGUUGAGAAGGUUGUCCUAAAUAAGGCUCCUCAUAAUGCUCAGUAUCUUGCUCAUGACACACAAAAACAGAUCUUGCAUAUUUUUGCUACCAAGGUGAAGAAGAAAAUUUGUAGCGAACUUGGGAAGAACAAAUAUUGUAUUCUUGUUGAUGAAUCACUUGAUGAAUCAGGUAAGGAACAAAUGUCUAUUAUUCUAAGAUUUGUUGAUUGUGAUGGAUUUAUUCGUGAACGCUUUUUCAAUAUUGUGAGUGUCAUAGACACUAAUGCCCUGACUCUUAAACAAGAGAUAUGCAAAGUGCUUGAUAAUAACAGCAUUCUAGUGGAAAACAUGCGUGGCCAAGGAUAUGAUGGUGCUAGUAAUAUGUGUGGUUCAUGGAAUGGAUUACAAGCAUUGUUUCUUCAAGAUUGUCCAUAUGCAUAUUAUGUGCAUUACUUUGCUCAUCGCUUGCAAUUAGCAUUAAACGGUGCGGCUAAAGAUGUGAAAGUUGUAUGGAGAUUUUUUUCAAUGUUGACUAACAUUGUAAAUUUUGUUAGUGCUUCUGCUAAGCGCUGUAAUGAGUUAAAUUUAAUUCGAAAAGCUAAACUCAAAGAGUUGUUGGAUUCUAGGGAAGUUGAGACAGGUAGAGGACUUAAUCAAGGUCGUAGUUUGAAACGAGCUGGAGUCACUCGUUGGGGAUCUCACUUUGCCUCUAUUACAAGUUUGAUGAGUUUAUUUAAAGAGACAAAAAUACUUCUCCAGGAAAUCAGUGAUUAUGGACCUAACCAACAAUUUCGUGAUGAUGCUGAGAAAUUGAAGGGAUAA